UUCUGGACUUUGCAAACUGACAUAUAAAAGCUGCUAGCUGCUUUUGUAGCCAGCAGCAGUCAAAACUUGCAGGCUUUUGCUCUCUGAGAGCUUGUAAUAAGACACUCUGCUCUUACAAGAGUUCAGGCUACAACAUAACAAAGAACCUUACCUUGUUGGAGGAACAGUAUAUUCAUUUUGGCAUUGUGCAGAGCAAAGCAAACCUGGUAGACUUCUCCACCCCUCAAAAUGAUAGCAAUCUCUGCAUCCAGCCUCGCGAUCCUAUUGUCCCUUGUCUGUGAAGCACGCACCGUCAUCUUACUCAAUUCCACUGACUCAUCUACGCCAACCAAUAACUUCACUGAUAUUGAAGCCGCCCUCAGCACACCACUAGAGUCUGCGGAUAUACCCAAAUCCAGACGGAAGCGCUACAUCUCGCAGAAUGACAUGAUCGCCAUCCUUGAUUACCAUAAUCAAGUUCGGGGCAAAGUGUUCCCACCAGCAGCAAACAUGGAAUAUAUGGUCUGGGAUGAAAACCUUGCAAAAUCUGCCGAGGCUUGGGCAGCCACCUGCAUUUGGGACCACGGACCUUCUUAUUUGCUGAGGUUUUUGGGUCAAAAUCUAUCUGUAAGAACUGGAAGAUAUCGCUCUAUUCUCCAGUUGGUCAAGCCAUGGUAUGAUGAAGUGAAAGAUUAUGCCUUUCCUUAUCCCCAGGACUGCAACCCUCGGUGUCCUAUGCGAUGCUUUGGUCCCAUGUGCACACAUUAUACACAGAUGGUUUGGGCCACUUCUAAUCGAAUAGGAUGUGCAAUUCAUACUUGCCAAAACAUGAAUGUCUGGGGAUCUGUAUGGCGACGGGCGGUGUACUUAGUUUGCAACUAUGCCCCUAAGGGUAACUGGAUUGGAGAAGCACCAUACAAAGUAGGAGUGCCAUGCUCAUCGUGUCCUCCGAGUUAUGGGGGAGCCUGCACUGACAAUCUGUGCUUUCCCGGAGUAACGUCAAACUACCUGUACUGGUUUAAAUAAGCUUAUAUUUUUAUCCCAUCUGGCAGAUACAUUGUUUUCUGGACUAAUAAGCAUAUAUAUAUAGUGAAGUUUGAACAUAUCAUACAUAUUUUAUUAUAAUCCUGUUUUCAUUUUAAUAAAUUGUCUCAUAUAUUUCUAGGGUUUUAAGUCUUAGAUACAAGCAAAAUAUCAAUUUCUAUUUUUGACCUUAAAUUUAAAUUAAAAUAUUAUAUAUGUAGUGAUGACAUAGUUGUUGCAUCCAAAACCUGCAUUUUCAGAGACAUUAUGUCAUUAUGUCCCUAAGGAAUGAAAUGUAUGUUCAAGCUGUAAUAUAUGUGUACGUAUAUGUAUA